CGCAGGCGCCAGGGGGGCCGGGCCAGGGGGCGGAAGAGGCCGGUGGGGACACGACGGAAGUGGGGCAGCAUCUCCCCGUCCUCCUCCUCCUCCUCCUCGCGUCCCCCGGUCGGCCCCCCGCCAUGCACGACGCCUUCGAGCCGGUGCCCAUCCUGGAGAAGCUGCCGCUGCAGAUCGACUGCCUGGCGGCCUGGGAGGAGUGGCUUCUCGUUGGCACCAAGCAAGGGCACCUCCUCCUCUACAGGAUCCGGAAGGAUGUCGGUUGCAACAGGUUUGAGGUGACGCUAGAGAAGUCCAACAAGAACUUCUCCAAGAAGAUUCAGCAGAUCCAUGUGGUUUCCCAGUUUAAGAUCCUGGUCAGCCUGCUGGAAAAUAACAUCUACGUCCACGACCUCCUCACCUUUCAACAAAUCACUACUGUGUCCAAAGCCAAGGGGGCGUCCCUCUUCACCUGUGACCUCCAGCACCGGGCCACGGGCGAGGAGGAGCUGCGCCUCUGUGUCGCCGUGAGGAAGAAGCUGCAGCUGUACUUCUGGAAGGAUCGGGAGUUCCACGAGCUGCAGGGAGACCUGAGCGUCCCGGACGUGCCCAAGUCCAUGGCCUGGUGCGAGAACUCCAUCUGCGUGGGCUUCAAGAGGGACUACUACCUGAUCCGGGUGGACGGGAAGGGGUCCAUCAAAGAGCUCUUUCCAACAGGGAAACAGCUGGAGCCCCUGGUGGCGCCCCUGGCAGACGGCAAGGUGGCGGUCGGCCAAGACGACCUCACCGUGGUACUCAACGAGGAGGGCACCUGCACGCAGAAAUGCGCCCUGAACUGGACGGACAUCCCCAUCGCCAUGGAGCACCAGCCUCCGUACAUCGUGGCCGUGCUGCCCCGCUACGUGGAGAUCCGCACGUUCGAACCCCGGCUGCUAGUACAGAGCAUCGAGCUGCAGCGACCCCGCUUCGUCACCUCCGGAGGCUCAAACAUCGUGUACGUGGCCAGCAAUCACUUCGUGUGGCGGCUCCUCCCGGUCUCCAUCGCCACGCAGAUCCAGCAGCUCCUUCAGGAUAAGCAGUUCGAACUGGCUCUGCAGCUGGCGGAGAUGAAGGAUGACUCAGACAGCGAGAAGCUGCAGCAGAUCCAUCACAUCAAGAACCUCUUCGCCUUCAACCUCUUCUGCCAGAAGCGCUUCGAUGAGUCCAUGCAGGUCUUCGCUAAGCUCGGCACAGAUCCCACCCACGUCAUGGGGCUGUAUCCCGACCUCCUACCCACCGACUACCGCAAGCAGCUGCAGUACCCCAACCCGCUGCCCGCGCUCUCGGGGGCGGAGCUGGAGAAGGCUCACCUGGCCCUGAUCGACUACCUGACCCAGAAGAGGACGCAGCUGGUGAAGAAGCUGAACGACUCGGACCAGCAGUCCAGCACCUCCCCGCUCAUGGAGGGCACGCCCACCAUCAAGUCCAAGAAGAAGCUGCUGCAGAUCAUCGACACCACCCUGCUCAAGUGCUACCUCCACACGAACGUCGCCCUGGUGGCCCCCCUGCUGCGCCUGGAGAACAAUCACUGCCACAUCGAGGAGAGCGAGCACGUCCUGAAGAAGGCCCACAAGUACAGCGAGCUGAUAAUCCUGUACGAGAAGAAGGGCCUGCACGAGAAAGCUCUGCAGGUGCUGGUGGACCAGUCCAAGAAGGCCAACUCCCCGCUGAAGGGUCACGAGCGAACCGUGCAGUACCUGCAGCAUCUGGGCACCGAUAACCUGCACCUGGUGUUCUCCUACUCCCUCUGGGUGCUCCGAGAUUUCCCGGAAGACGGGCUGAAGAUAUUCACCGAAGACCUCCCGGAGGUGGAGGCCCUGCCUCGCGACCGAGUGCUCGGCUUCCUGGAGGAAAACUUCAAGGGCCUGGCCAUCCCCUACCUGGAGCACGUCAUCCACGUCUGGGAGGAGACGGGAGCCGACUUCCACAACCGCCUGGUCCAGCUGUACUGUGAGAAGGUGCAAGGGCUGAUGAAGGAGUACCUCCGCUCCGCCUCGGCAGACACGGCCCCGGUCCCCGCCGGGGACGAAGGAGGGGAGCUGGGAGAAUACCGGCAAAAGCUCCUCGCUUUCCUGGAGAUCUCCAGCUGCUACGACCCCGGCCGGCUCAUCUGUGACUUCCCCUUUGACGGCCUCCUGGAGGAACGGGCUCUCCUCCUGGGGCGCAUGGGGAAGCACGAGCCCGCCCUCUUCAUCUACGUCCACAUCCUGGGCGACACGAAGAUGGCCGAAAGGUACUGCCAGAAACACUACGACCAGAACCGAGACGGCAGCAGAGACGUGUACCUGUCCUUGCUCCGGAUGUACCUGUCACCUCCUAGCGUCCACUGCCUGGGGCCCAUCAAGCUGGAGCUGCUGGAACCUCAGGCCAACCCUCAGGCGGCCCUGCAAGUCCUGGAGCUGCACCACGGCAAACUGGACACCACCAAGGCCAUCGACCUGCUCCCGGCCAACACGCAGAUCAGCGAGAUCCGCAUCUUUCUGGAAAAGGUCCUGGAGGAGAACGCCCAGAAGAAGCGAUUCAAUCAAGUGCUGAAGAACCUCCUCCACGCGGAGUUCCUAAGGGUGCAGGAGGAGCGAAUCUUACAUCACCAGGUGAAGUGCAUCAUCACGGAGGAGAAGGUGUGCAACGUGUGCAAGAAGAAGAUUGGGAACAGCGCUUUCGCCAGGUACCCCAACGGAGUCGUGGUGCACUACUUCUGCUCCAAAGAGGUCAGCGCCGCCGACACCUGAGCAGGCGGAGCCGAGGGUUCGGUCGGUGGUCGGCAAAGCCCGCGGCUCUCGGAGGACCGGGAGAGCCCUGGGCGUCUACGCAGGAUGUGUCUCCUCUGGACUCCCCCGCCCCCCGCCCCUCGCCUCCUCGCAGCCACCCCCCAACCUCUCCGGACUGACGGCGCCCUCCACCUGGCCGGGCCGAGGGAGAGCGGAAGCGAUGCCCGCCGUGGCGGGCCGGACCCUCUGAUCCGCCCAGUCGGGAAGUGCGUCUGAGCGCCGGCUGCGGGGGCGGCAAACGGGUGUCCCUUCAGGCCGCGGGGGGGUUGGGGGGUGUAGUCUCUUAGGUCACUGCAUGUCUCCUCCCCGCCUCGGCGGGGUGCUUGGCCGAAACUCAGGCCCAGGACUGGAGAAGGGACCCUGAUCGAAGCCCCCCUCGCCGCUUGGACGAGGUGCAGAAUUUCCCCGGCAGCAGCAACGGCCCCUUCCUUCCCCUCUCCUUCCCUUCUCCCAGUCGCCUGCGUCUCUCCUCCUCGGGGUCUCCCGGGACGUCGGGAAGAAUUGGUUUUGGCACGAGUGUUUGCUUGACCCGUCAGGGAAUCUCCCCGGAACCGGGAUCCCUAACGAGAACCUCCGGGGCACCCGUGGGGGUGGGAGGGAGAGCUGUGGAUUUUGUGGGGUGUGGGUCAGGACGUCAAUAGAGACUAAAUCCACCCUCCCUCCCGCCCCUUGGCAUUGUACAAUCGCUGCCCCCGGGGUCGGGCACAUCCCUGGCAUCGUCCCUUCCGCCCCCAGGACCGGCAGGGAGUCGGCGAGCUCAGGAGGACAAGGCCGGGCUCUGACCUUUGGCUUCCCGGGCGGCCCCCUGUGCCCUCUCGGUCGGUCGUGCCCAAGCUGGAGUUGGAGCCAGCGGCAGGCUGGGGCUGGAGGGGCCGGGGAGCUGGUACGGGGUGGGCAGGGGUGGCGCCUGGACUAGAGGCGUGGUCCCAACAUAGAGCUAGAGGGAUGGGACAGUGUUUCGUGCCAGGCCCGGGGAGAGGGAGGGCAGAUGGGGGCUAGUCACCCGAGCUCUAGGGAGCCUGUCCACCCCCCCGGGUUCUAGCCCGGUGCCGAGGAGGGGCAGAGAGCCCCUGAGGGCCCUCGGGUUCCUCCUGGGUGUUCUGCCUGCUUGGGUGGGUGGCUGGGGGGCAACUACGGAACCACAGUUGGCUGGGCAGGGUCGGAGGGCUGCGUGGGAAACGCGGAGAGACAGAUGCCGCCCUGCGCCGGGUCUCCCAGGGUGGGCGGCUCGGCCCGGGUGCGUUGACCACCCCCGUCCCCCUCCCCUUCCUCGGCUUCAGGGCGAUCGGCCCUGGUACGGGACUCGUGCCCCGCCCACCCUGCCGCCGUCCGUCAGCUCUGGAUUCUGCCGAAGGGGAGGCGGGCUCGUUCGAAAGCAGCAGAAUAAAGGUCAGGUACUCCAAUGCCCGCAUUUCCUCUGACGGACUCUGCCCCCUUUCUGCCCCCUGAAACUCCAUCCUGGCCUGGCAUAGCGCCCACCCCUCCCCACUGGUAUCAGUACCGGGAUACACCCCACCCAGCCGCCUGGGUUGGCGCCUCACUCUGGCAUCGCUCCACACCAGAACCCAAGACCCCUGCGGCUCUGGGAACGAAAAACUGGGAGGGGGUUCGUCUCCUGUCAGGAUCGGCGACCCCAACGUCGAGCUUAAUUCUGCCCCCUCCUCGGUGGGGAGGCGCCUCUCCCAUCCCCCACACCAGUCUCUUCCAUGGCCCCGUUUUUAGUUCCACUCCCCCAGCCCCGGACCGUCCCGUUCCCACCGUCGGCCUUCCGGGCGGCAUUGGCUGAGAUAAGAUCGGGCCGCGAGCCAGGUGGCAUGCUGGAAAAGUGACUUUUUGGGUGGAGCGUCAGAGUCGGGUAGAUAGUGCACGUUAAACUGGGGCCUGGCGGGCGAGUGGUUGGGUAGUUCCCGUAACCUGCCUUCCCACCCAAAUUCUGAAGAACAAAGUAACAUUUUCCCAAUCUUUCAUCCACUCCUUGUCUUAAUCCCCUCCUGUCUUUUCCAGGCACACUGACCAGUCUGUGAAAAAAAAACUAGACAGGUGCGGGCCUGGGAGGCCAGCGGGUGGGAGGGGAGGAAGGUUAAUCUGGAAAUCAGCCCUGCCGAGGAAGGGUGAGUUGGGGUGAUGGAUGGCAGCGCGGGGUCAAUAGCUUCUUUCACCCCCCUCCCCGUUCCUCCUCCUCCUCCGCUGUAGGGGAGCGAUUAAUAAAGAACUGCUUGUUCUCUGUAGAA